AUGGCUCUCACCGGCGGCGCCACCACCGCAGCGUGCAUCCUCGUCCUCCUCGCACUCGCCGGCGCCGCGGGGGCAACCUUCUCGGGCUCGGCGCCGCCGCCGGUGGACUGCUCGGCAUUGUUGGCUGGCCUCGCAGACUGCCUCGACUUUGUGUCGCCCGGCAGCAAGUCGAGCCAGCCUUCCAAGACCUGCUGCGGGGAGGUGAAGACCUCCGUCGGCAGCCCCGCCGUCGUCGACUGCGUCUGCGCCGCCAUGUUCUCGAAGCUGACGCAGUUACCGAUCAACAGGACACGGGUGUACGCUCUCCCCGACGCCUGCGGCACACCGGCCUCCGUCUUCAACAGGUGCCAUGGUGAGCACCGUGCCUUUUCUCACUUCUUUCAUAAUCUUCUUGCCCUGACUCUGGCUAGAAUCUGCUUCCCUUUUUUACAUCAAGAAACUAGAGCUAAAUCGUGUUGUUUUACUAGGAAGUUUAUCGUUGAUUUGAUUCCUGUGUGGGAUUUACGAUGA